AUGGAGGCUCGCCUAACCAAGGAGCAGCGGUUGGGCAGCGCCCGCCUGUCCAGACAUCAGUCCCUGGAGGAGGAGUUUGAGCGAGCCAAGGCUGCUGUUGAGUCAGAUACCGAGUUCUGGGAUAAGAUGCAGGCCGAGUGGGAAGAGCUGGCUCGGAGGAACUGGCUGACGGAAAACGAGCAGGCACAGAUUCCCUCCUCUGUCUCUCCACAUGAGAAGGUCACUACCAUUACACUGUUACGAUCAGCAGCAUGUGCAGGAAUCUGUCCUGAUGACAUCGAUGUAGAGAGGACUGAUCGCCGCUGCAGAGGUUACUACUUCCACACAGAUAAUCCUUACAAAGACUUGUCUAACGCAUUUGAAGAGGGACAAAAGAAGUCUCGAGAGGGAGACUUGCAAAAUGCUGUGCUUAUGCUGGAAGGAGCCGUCCUGCAGGACCCUCAAGAUUCAGAGGCUUGGCAAGUGCUGGGUACCACGCAGGCAGAAAAUGAGAAUGAGCAAUCAGCGAUCGUCUCUCUCCAAAGGUGUUUGGAGCUCCACCCUAACAACCUCACAGCCCUCAUGGCUCUGGCAGUGAGCCUGACCAACACUGGUAUGCGCAACGAGGCCUGUGAGACUCUGCUCCGCUGGCUGCAGCACAGCCCGAAGUACAAGCACCUGCUGAAGUCCAAGACCCACCUGAUGGGAUCCCCUAACUCCUCACGCAAGGUGUCCACUGCCAACAACGUGGGAAAACACGAAAGCUCCCUACAAUCUGAGGCCAAAGAGCUCUUCCUGGAAGCAGUUCAGCAAAACUCUGAAAGCAUCGACCCAGAUUUGCAGACGGGCCUCGGGGUGCUCUACAACGUUAGCGGAGAGUUCAAGAAAGCUGUGGAUGCCUUCAACACAGCGCUGUCAGUGCGGCCUGAGGACUACUUGUUAUGGAAUCGCCUGGGGGCCACGCUGGCAAACGGGGACCGGAGCGAGGAGGCGGUGGAGGCUUACACGAGGGCCCUAGAGCUGCAGCCGGGGUUUAUCAGGUCCCGCUACAACCUGGGAAUCAGCUGUAUUAACCUGGGUGCACAUCGAGAGGCGGCCAGAAACUUCCUGACGGCUUUGAGCCUUCAGAGGAAAAGUCGGAGUCGCCAGCAGUCCCACCAGGUGAUGUCUGGAAACAUCUGGGCUGCUCUGAGGAUAGCUUUAUCCAUGAUGGACCAGCCCGAACUCUUCCAGGCUGCGAAUAUUGGUGACCUGGAUCUUCUCAUGCGGGCCUUCAACCUUGACAUUUGAGGAAUGGGAAGUAGUGACAAUAGCAUCUCCUCCUUCACUUAUUAGCCAAAAGCCCAAAGUGCACACGUCAGAUAUUGGAUCUGUAUUAGUGAGCGUGGUUUUUAUGCACGUCGAAACUAACUGCAGUCGUCAAAGUUGUCAAUUGUUUUGCCCAAGUUCUUCGAGAGCAGUUCUGCGGACAGGUUCUUUCAAGAGCUUGAAGUGACUGCUUUGUGGUGGAUUUGCACUGCAAUUUGUGAUUUCCCUGAAGAGCACAAGGACGGGCCAAGAUUGUAAGAGCAAUGCCUUAGAGAACACAUCAAUUAAAACCGACUCAUCCAGUGGAACAGAGCUGAGCCAGGAGAGGCAGACAGACAUUUUGAGAAGCUCACACAACCCUCACACGUGUUUGCAGAGAAAGGUGGAGGUUUUGAGAAAGGAAAAAAAAAGGUUUUGUUAUCCAAUUACUUUCAAAGACUCAAGUCUGUCUCAGCCUACUGAAGUAUGGAUGUUGUGAGCAAGUGAUAAAGGCUGCACCGUCUGACCUGGAGCUACACAUUCUGUUCCUGGCUUGUUUUCAUCCUCUUUCAAUGGAGAUAAUGAUACUGCAUGAAUAAGCAUUUUCAUAAAUGGAUUCCUUGUUCAAAAUCAACAUACCUUUAGAAGUUUUCCCUUUGCAAUUUAGACUGAUUCCAGAUAACAACUUCCUCAACCCAAGUGAGGAUGUCAAGCCUUACUCAAAUGCAUGCGAACAACAAUAUUUAUUAUAUACUAUUUUUAUGGCAACACAAAAAGAGAAGCCAUUUUAGACUGGUUUUAAUUUCUUUAAAUAACUGCCAUCGUAUGCACUUGAAACCUUUAUGAGCCAUUUAUUUUCGCUCGGUUGUAUUUUUUGUGUUUGAUUUGGCUCCUAGCUUCGCUUUGUUCCCUUUAAGCUGACUAGUUAGAGAAAUAUUAACAAACCCAGGGCAACAUUGGUCUGUAAAACCUCCCCUUUCAAAAAAUGUCAUAUGAACAAAUGUGUCUUAAAAUAUCUCUUUAAUCUUCUGGUAUUGCUUAAGUAGCCCUCACAUGAGAUGCAUCCCAUUUGAUUUAAUAAUACUGUAAUAUAUAUAAUUAAAUAACAUGUAGUUGAUGUGAAGCUGC